GAAUAUAAAAAGGCCGGGCUGAGAUAAAGACAAUACCGUCUUUUCACAGUCUAGGGUUCUUUUCGAUUUAGUUUAUCAACCCUAAAUUCUCAACAUUGAAGGUUGAGCGUGCCGUUUGUUAUUUGGGAGGAAAUUGUAGCGAAACCAACAAUGCCUAAGCAAAUUCACGAGAUUAAAGACUUCCUCCUUACAGCCCGGAGGAAGGAUGCACGCUCCGUUAAAAUCAAGAGGAGUAAAGAUGUGGUUAAGUUCAAGGUCAGAUGCUCCAAGUAUUUGUACACACUUUGUGUGUUUGAUGUUGAGAAAGCUGAUAAGUUGAAGCAAUCACUUCCUCCAGGUUUGAAUGUGCAAGACCUGUAAACUCUCUUCGGUAUAAUGUGGUAUUCAAGAUCAAGUUUUGCUUCUGAGUUGUGUUUUACAAAUAUAUUUUUGUCUUUUUGUUUUGUUAUGGAUUCUUUACAUAUGAUUCUCAUUAUGAAUGAUCCAAAUCUGUUUUCUUGUCUUAAUACAGUUUCGCCAUUAUUUAUAUAAUCCAUUGAACCUCUAUUCUUAUUAUAUUGAAAUAUUUUCAAAUGUUUCUUCAA